AUGUUGUUGGAUGUUAUUGUGUACUUGCUGCAGCACAGUUUACAAACCCUGUUUACCUUAUUGGUUACAUUUGGGUUAUACUUCUUUGUGUUGUAUCCAUUUGUAUUCUCCCCAUUAAGAGAUAUUCCUGGUCCAUAUAUCCACAGACUUUCAAAAAUCCCAGCUUUACACUACCAAAGGGUUGGUAAGUGGAUUAGACGGGUAUCAGACCUUCAUGAGAAAUAUGGUGACGUAGUUAUCCUUUCUCCAACUGAAAUCAGUGUUAAUGGUGACUCAAAGUAUAUCAAUGACAUUUACAUCAAGAACUUCCCCAAAUCACCCUUCUACGAGAACUUUAGAAAUCAUGGUUUCAAAGAUAACAUCUUCUCUAGUUUGGAAAAUGAUAGGCACUUGGGUUAUAAGAAGUUGGUGAUGAGUUUGUAUUCUAAGUCUGCUGUUUUCUCUCAUAAAAACCCUACUCGUCAAAACAUUGUUAACAAGGUUCGUUUAGUAGUCGACAACAUUUACCAAUCUUCGGUUACUGGAAACCAACCAGAUUAUAUCAACGCUAAAGGUGAAGAAAACAUUCACUCUAAGGGAUUCAAUCUCCAAGAUGGUGGAAAAUGGUUUAAUCCUUCUAGUAAAACUAAAAACUUGGGAAUCGAUGUUUAUCCACUUUUUGCUUCGUUAGCUAUGGAUGUUGUGUCUGCUUUUGAGCUUGGUGUUGAAAAUGGAUCUAAUUUGUUGAAGCAUCCUGAACAGAGAGGAAUUGUUGCAACUCAUGCCUUGCAAGCACUGAUGGGAUUCUGGACUACAUUGAUGCCUCGGUUCUGGAACUGGGCAGCAUCCAGUAGAAUUAAACAAGCAUCCGUUGUUAUUGAAGAAUGGCAAUUGGCAAUGUAUGAUGUUGCUGAGGCCAAUGUUCCCUCAUUUUGUGAAGGUCAAAAUAUGACCACUUUAGAACAAUUAAAGAAGAAUGGUUUGACAGGGAAGAAUGCCUAUUCUUUCUUAUCCGACAAUAUAUUUGCAGGACAUGAGACAACCGCCAUUCAAUUGGCAUUUUUGACGUUUGAAUUGCUGAGACCUUGUAAUUUUAAAGUUCAAAGAAAGUUAAUCGAAGAGCUUCAAAAGACUUUUGGAAAACCUAAAGGCCCUCAGGAUUAUAUUGAAGAUUUAGAAACUGUUGAUUCCUUACCGUACUUGGAUCUGAUAAUGUUGGAGAAUUCUCGAGUUCAUACUUCUAUCCCUGGAGCUGAACCCCGAAUUGUUGAUAGACCAUAUUAUGUGAAUGUUUACAACAAGGAUUCCAAGACAUCCAAACAAGUUGGUAUUCCUGUUGGAACAACAAUUUCAUGUUUACCGUAUGGAAUGCAUCGUGUUGAAUCUGUGUUUCCCAAUUCAGAACACUGGAUCCCUGAAAGAUGGAUGCCUUAUGAACAUGAGACCCCAUUGGAGUACAAUUCUCGGAUAACUACCCAACAGAAAUACAUGAUGCCAUUUGGUAAAGGGAUCCGAAUGUGUCUUGGGAUGAAUGUUGCUCAGAUAGAAAUGAAAAUGGCCAUUGCCAACAUCUACUGGCAUUGUAAUUCUAAAUUAUGUGAAGACUGGUGUGAGAUCACAUCUAAGGAGAAUGAUCCAGUGUUAUCUACAAGUCCAGUACCUAUUGGAAAUUCUGCACCUAAGAAUAAGACAGACAUUGAGAAAAUGACAAUGUACGAUCUGUACACUACACGUCCUUUGAAUGACGAGUGUUGGUUAGAAUGGUAUGAGAAUGAGUGA